UUGCCAAGGCAACAGUGUUUUCUGGUGGAAGUAUAUGGUGUUUAAUAGUAUAUUAUAUAAUUUAUAUAGGUUAUAAAUUGCGAGUGGGCCGAGUGGCACCUGUGGGAUCGCGUAGAAGUUCGUUUGUUAGAAAACUAGGGCAAAGGAUUUUUUGUUGAGAGUAAGAGAGAGCAGAGAUGCAGCAGUCACCACAACUGUUGAAUGGUGCUCCCACUGCUAAUAUCACAACUGAGCAAAUUCAAAAGUACCUGGACGAGAAUAAAGAGUUGAUUCUAGCAAUAAUGGAAAACCAAAACCUUGGAAAAUUCGCUGAAUGUGCCCCGUACCAUGCCCAGCUUCAGCAAAACUUGACGUAUCUUGCUCAAAUUGCUGAUGCCCAACCACCGGCCCCAACAAUGCCUUCUCAGGUGCCCUCCCAGUCCGCAAUGCACCAAGGGCUUCUAAUGCAGCACCCCCAGGCAACAAUGUUUCAGCAGCAACAAGGUCCCUUGGCACCAAAGUUGCCUUUCCAGUUGAAUGAUCAGCAUCAGCGUCAACAGCAACAACAAUCAAAGUACCUCCAGCAACAGCAACUCAUCCAAGGGCAGAUGGGUGUGAGACCCGGUGGAGCAAGUGCCAAUUAUCAGGCCAUGCAGGCUGGCCUUGGAAACAAUUUGUUUGGCAUUCAAGGAAGCAAGCAAGAUAGCUCAGAGGCUUGUGCUGAAGAUUUUGUCGGAAAGUUAUAAUUUUCCUGUUUUUUUCUUUUUUUUCUAAAUUCCUCCUACCCCUUGGGUUGCUACAUGAUCAUCUCAGAGAAGUUGCUUCUUUUUUCCCCUUGACACCGACAGUAGUUGCAGAUGGUGCGCGAUGAUGCUUUUUGUGUAAUCCUUUUUUUGACUAAAAAAAAAUUGGGGCAAAGCAGGAAAAACUUCACUUACUCCUAA